UCUGUUCUAUGGUUGCGUUUUUGGUUUCGUUGAAAGAAAAGUUAGUGAAUUUAUAUGUUAUUGUAAAUAAAGGCGAAUGUUUAAACAAAUCUCGGUUGAAUGAGUACAACUAAAACUUAAUGAAAAAUUUAACAUAAUGGAUAAUAAGAAGGAUAUUUACAAUUUGUGGGUGCAGUAUACGACCAAGAAUGAUGAGUCCUAUUUUCGUGAAUUCAUUGAACGUUUUGUGAAUAUCUGGAAGAGUCAAUUACCGGUAGAUUUUACACGUGACGGUCUACCGCUUUGGCAUGAGGUGCAUCCGGAUAAUGGCCCACACCUGGGGCGCCUGCCGGAUGAGUUGCUACCAGCAAUAGGAAAAUUUAUUAUAAUCGCCCGCGAUGCUAGCGAAAAUGGCAUCCUCGACGAUGAACAGAUACGUCAGAUUGCAGUGUUGGUUGAUUGCUUGGUGAUAAUAUGUCGCCAUUUUGAUAACAUUUUGGCGGUUAUAAAAUAUGAGUAUAAAUCGAAUUUAAUCGCUAUAUUAACGAACACUUUCAAAGAGUGUAUGUCCCGCCAACAAGCUUCCAUAGAAGUAGUUCAUCUCUUUUGCAGCUUCUCUCAAUUUUUGGAAGUAAUGUAUGAUCCAUACUUGACUUGGCGUAGCUUCUUGCGCGGCGUUUAUGCGGAUUUUCACAAGAUACCAUACAAGCCACAUACGGUGCAUGUUGAAAUUGUGCCUUUUAUUUAUGAUUGUUUCCAAAAAGAUGAAAUCACCAAAUUUCCAUCAAUUGGAGAAUGUUUGGUGAAUGCUUUGGGUGCUGUCAUAUGUGGAUCUCAGAAAUCGCUAGCAUCUUUCGCAUCUAAAAGUACAACAAAUUGUGGUGAAGGGCAAGAAAUCUGUGAUAAUUUGCGUAAUGGCAUGCGUGCCAUUUGCCCGGCUACCGUUUCAGUCAUUAUGAAGAUUAUUUCUCAAUGGGAAAGUGCCAGCGAGCUGCGUGCAGUUGCAUUGAAAUGCUGUGCUCUAAUGGCCAUUGUAUUACAAAAGUCUAGUCCUGAAGAACGCCAAAUAGAUUUAGUUACUUUAAUCCAACUUUACUGUGAUGCUAUACAAGCGCUAUUAAAUACCGAUCAUUUCACAAGCGGCAAUGGUGCGGCAUUUGAAAUCGCUAGCGAUGAUGAAGCCAGCGAUAUGAUUGUGGAUGUGAAUGCGCUUGCGGUUACAGUGGAAAAUGUGUGUCUCUUUCUAGCCGAUGGCCCGAAAGCGCAAAUUAUUUGUGAAACUAUUGCGGAGACUGCGCUCGUGGAUACGUUGAUAAGCAUUCCAAAGCAAAUGAAGGCCUGGAAUAUGGAUUAUACGCCAGUGCUUUGUGCUACUACAAAAGCAUUGGCUGUGAUUACACGCAAUUCGCCGGCAAUAGCCGAGCAUUUGCGUGUGUACGAUAAAAUAGAGAAAUUUUUUAAGAGUUUAAAAGUGUUAGUAGUGCCUACGGAUAAACUUUUGGAUGCCUGCUUCAAUAUGGCCUAUAAUGAGCAAACUAAUCUGCUGGUACUACCGGAGGUUGUGGUCAAAUUGAUUGAAUGGCUGCCGGAAAUGAAUGAGCGUGAACAAAUCUAUCUAAGCAAUGUGAUACUGUGCGGUUGUACCAGUAAUUAUGCGACUAAAUCCGCCGCUUGUGACAAUCGCACUAUUAAAGCCGCUUGUGAGUGUUUACAUCAGUAUGAAAAACUCACCGAAACCUGCAUUCAAAACUUCAUUAAGCUCAUUGAAGAACUAAGCAAAGUUAGCAUAAUUCCCAUUGAGUUAAAACGAGUUUUUAGUCUUUUGCGUGAGGAGAGCGGCUUUCCACAGUCAAAGCAAUUGCUACAAACGCUAGUCAUCUGCUCGUUGCAUAGUCUCAAAAGUAGCAAUGUUUGUACACAGUUUUUUACAAUCAGUGCACCGAGUGAUGGCAUUAUGGUGCCCGAUAUCAAAAACUGGACCAUGUCUGGUUCAUAUGGUUUCAUUUUUCAUAUACUAUUAAGGCUGCAAGAGAAGCCGAACAACAAAUAUGGCAAAAACGCAGCUAAUACUGAGGCUACAAAGGAUGGCGAUCACCCGAAUUGCCGACGCAUGUUGCUCAAUUUGCGCACUGCCAGUCACACUGGAUUUGAAGUGUUCAUACAGAAUAGUGGCAAUUUGGUGGUUGCUGCUUUAACGCGUCGCGAAUAUCUCACAUCUGUAGUGCAUACGAAAACAUUGCUGGAUGGUCAAUGGCAUUAUGUUACUGUCGUGAUCACACCACCAAAGCGCCCUUUUUCUUAUAGCCAAAUAAAUGUUUACAUUGAUUUCAUGCAAAAGCUAAGUGCCACACUCAAAGUGCAGGCUAUCAAUGAGCCUUUCAACUUUUGCUCAAUCGGCUCUGCAGCUUUGCCACAUCGCGGUCAUCCUGUUCCACAUCAUACGUCCAGUGCUACCGGUUCUCCCUUGCCGCGCUCAUCAUCACAAGAGACGAGCAGUUCAUAUAAAGGUGUAUUGCCUAGUCUGCUCGAACGCACACUGUCAACUAAUGUUUCAAAUUAUUUCACACUACCACUCCGAACACAGAGUUCGUUCGAUCCGAAUGUUAAAAACUUUCCCAUCGGCAUGCAAGACACUGUGUUUGGCGAGCAAAUUUGUCUGCGUGGUGAAGUGGGUGCUGUCCUCUUGGCAGAGCCCACCACAAAUAUUAAAACCAUAUUCGAUGCGGGCAUACAUUUCCCUUCGAUAUUCUCGCAAGACAAUGAUUUGCUCGAGCUUACAUCGCGUUUUGUAUUCUGUUAUGCACCUGGUGGUUACUGGAGCCAGAGUUGUCUAGAUCUCAUACCGAGCGGUCGAUUCCCAUCGCUAGUUCAUGCACAUCAUUGUUCCAUAGUAAAAAUACAGGAUACAAUAAAUAGUAUAGGUGGCGUACAAGCUAUAUUACCGAUAUUGCAUCGUCUCACAAAGCAACAGGACGAUUUUUCAUUGUCCAGCGCAGACGGCAAUGAUUCUUUGAGUAGCGGUGAACAGUUGCGUACACCGACCGCAGAGGAAUUCUCCGACUGGGAAAUGUUAUCAUCAAAUUCCUAUACUGAAUGGAAAAUGAUACAAUUUCCUAUCGCCAGCUUUAUCUGUUUCCUACGAUACCUCACCCAUUGCCAUGAAAACAACCAGGAGAAUAUGCUGAAUAGUGAAUGUCUGCCAAUGAUUGGCGCUAUGCUGCGCAAGUGUUCGCCCAGCUUAUUUGAUGUGAAUGCACUGAUGGCAACGCAUCUUUUCAUUGAAUCACUGCAAAAUCAGAAGUCGGAGAGCGGCAAUGCGCACGGAAAUUCAACACUUUUGGACGUGCUAUACACCGACAUCGCUUUUAACUUUCACAUUUGGGUGCGCAUGAACUUCGAAAUAACCUUGGGACAUGUGCAAUAUCUUAGUGCUAUGAUUAAGAAUGAUCGCAAGUUCUUUCGGAAGAAAUUCGGUAUACAAUUCUUUUUGGAUGUUGUGCGCGAUCAUUAUAGCACGCCGGAUAGCAUUACACCAGAUGAUGCGAAGACCAUACGCUCUGCCAUGUAUGCGAUUGUUUGCUUUUAUCUGCAAAAAGAUGUGAAUAUUAAAGAAGUUUCUACAAUGAUUUCAUUUCUGGCAUCGGUGCGACGGGAAAACGUUUUAAUUGAAUUUUUGGAGAUGUUGACAUUCCACGUAAAUGGCAAAAACUGCAAAGAUCAAAUGAUUUUAUUACUCUAUGAACCGCAAACGGCAAAUUUGCUGUAUAAUUAUUUUGUGGAUAAAAGUUAUAGCACAGAGGUGCAAGAGGCUGCUAUAAGGUUCAUUAACAGCUUGCUCAGGACUUUGUUCGUUAAUCAGAAAUACAAACAAAUAUUGCGACUACAUGAUAGUGCUACCGACAAGUCACUCUUUCCUGGCUUAUUUUCCUACACCAUACCUAUGACGCUCAGCUCCACCAUACUCUUUCAUUUGGUUGACGAAAUGUUGUGCGGUGAAGCUGAUUACGCGGGCAUUGUCUUCCUUGUGCAUCAUGUCAGCACCUGUGAGUUGCCUGUUAAGUUGGAAAUUGCGAAACGUCUACUGCAAACCACAUUUGUCAAACAGAACUCGCCGCAGGCCAUAGCCAAACAAUCGGGCUGGCAGGAGUCCAUCGCACGUCUACUAAUAUACAAACCGAUUACGAAUAUAAAACCUGAUGAGGAGAAACGCAAGAGUUUUGGCAUUAGUUUGGAUGUGUUGUUGGAAGAUAAUGACGAUUUUGCGAAUCAAUCGGAUUUGAUUAGUUUCUGUGAACAGCAAGUGGAAUUAGAUCAAUUAGGAAAACACCCAGACGAUGAGCAACCCGAUGGUGGUUUAAUAUUGAACGAAAUACAAGCGAGUGUCACUGAGGCAGCUAAUGUGAUUGAAAGUGAAAUUAAAGAGUUGGCCGAAUCGGUUUCUGGUGCUGUUGUGGAAAACGUUUCAUCUGUUUUUUCAGUACUACGCCAAACAACUCACGAUAUUCAAGAUACUUUCGAGUCAUUGACUUUAGGCGGUUCGGCUGACGCCGAAACAAUGAGUCUUUCACGUCGGCGCACAGAAUCUAUAAGUUCAGAUAGUUCAACACAAUCGCCAAAACGCAACGUAAAGAAAAUUGACGCAGAAAACAAAACGACUGAUUUUGAAUUUCCACCUGAUGCCGAUGUGGAUGGUGAAGAACAGCUCGUGUACCUGGUUUCAAAUAUAUUAUUCACUGUUUUCUGGCGCGGCGUUAGCAAUGACCAUCCACAAUGUUGGAAGGAACGCGGCCAAGUGUUGGGCUGUAUAAAUUUGCUGGCACUCAACAACGAUCUAGUCACAUCACAUCUCUCGCUGCGGCUACGCAUUCUGGAAAUGGCUGUACAGGCAUCACUAUUUGAUUUGUCAGAAAAUGGCAAUCAAACAUUGAUAAAUCAAGAGAACGCCUCACAAAUUCUACGCAUGGUCUACGAUCUUGUGGUGCUCGGUUCGAAUGAGGAUGAAUCAAAGAAAUGUUCGACAAAGUUGUUAGAUGGCGUUUUAGCUCUGUUGGAUGCUUUAAUGAUAUUUCAACAAGGCUCUUCGGACGAUUGGUCAGACAUGAUACGUCUAUGUUUGGGCUUGCUUCUGAAAUGCUCAUAUCAUCCUAAUCCAGGUGUGGUUGCAAUGGCUACGGCAAAGUUGCAUGCAAUUUUACAGAGCCGCAGCACAGAAGAUCCCAGUGAACUGGCGUAUUUGUUGUUCAGCAUUAAUCGUGCAUUGGAUAAUGCAAUUGAAGUUGGCAAUCCGGAGGAGUAUUCAUUUCUGAUGCCAGUUAUGAAAGCGUUACUCGAAAAAUGCCGAAACGCUUUUAAUUUGGACACAAAUUUACCUGAUUUACCGCCUACCUCUUCGGGCCCAGUUUUUUUCAACGAUUUUCAAAUGUACAGCACAAGCAAAAAGUGGCGGAAUUUUAUCGAACGCAUCGUCAAACCCUUACAUGAUGUCUAUCAGCGUGAAAUCGAACUAACCCUUUGGGAGCCCAUUAAUCGUUACUGGGCCGAAUGCUAUGAAGCCUGCAAGGCAGCCUCAAAGCGGCGCUGCACAUACCAAGCUGAAAAUCGACGAAUUUUCAAUCAAAAAAUUGUCAUGCCCUGGAAAGUACGUCAAGUCGAAGAGAUGACACGUCUUAAUACCGCUGCGCUAGCACAAAAAACAACAAACAGUCACAUCAAGAAGCGUUGGAAAACGGCCAAACGAUUUUUGUACGGACCGCGUGGACCGUGGUUUACGGGUAAUUUGGGUGAGGAAUAUUGGAUGUUGUCAAAUCAUGAGAAUGUUGCACGCAUGCGCCUCAAACUCGAACCGCAAUUGUAUCCGAAUAAACACGAGAAUGCGGCGAAUUUGCGUGAUAAUGCCACAAAUGCCUAUGAUCCAAGAGAAAUCUCGGAAUUCGAUUCGACAAUUAAAAAUGCCGUUGUACGUGAUUUCUUAGCGGAUGAUGAGAAUCUCCAACUUGAAGAAGAGCUGCGUCAAUCGAUUGAGGCUCAAUCGCAGCAGGAUGUGCCACUAGAGAAAUCAGUUAUUUCGCAGGAUUGUGAACUCAUUACGUUGAUGACAAAAGUUAAAGGUAAAAUCGAGGUGAAUCAAACGCUCUUUACCUUUAUCGACUUGAGUCCGCCGUCGGAAGAUGGCUCCAAGCAUGAUUUUCGCUUCCCGAUCAGUAAGAUACGUGAAGUACAUUUACGUAAAUAUAAUUUGAGACGCAGCGCUUUAGAAAUAUUUUUAAUAGAUCAAACCAGCUAUUUUUUGAAUUUCAUAACAAAGACUCGCAACAAAGUUUUUACAAAAAUUUUGAGCCUGCAACCACCAAACAUUUUAUAUGGCUCAGGUCGUUCGCCGGGAGAAUUGCUGCGCACUUCAGGACUCACGCAGAAAUGGGUAAAUCGUGAGAUCUCAAAUUUCGAAUAUCUUAUGUACCUGAACACAAUUGCAGGGCGCUCCUACAACGAUCUCAGCCAGUACCCUGUAUUUCCUUGGAUUUUAUCUGACUACACGAGUGAUGUUUUAGACUUAACUGAUCCAAAAUCUUUUCGCGAUCUCUCCAAGCCCAUUGGUGUGAUUAAUCCCAAAAAUGAAGCUGGUGUACGCACCAAAUACGAAUCAUUUGAGGAUCCUUCUGGCGCGAUUCCGAAGUUUCAUUAUGGCACACAUUAUUCUAAUUCAGGCGGUGUAUUGCACUAUUUGCUACGCGUGGAACCAUUUACUUCGCUACAUAUUGAGCUGCAAAGUGGACGCUUUGAUGUGGCGGAUCGCCAAUUUCAUUCGAUACCACAAACAUGGAAAUUAUUAAUGGACAAUACGAAUGAUGUGAAGGAGUUGAUACCGGAAUUCUUUUAUUUUCCUGAAUUUCUCAAAAAUAUGAAUAAAUUCGAUUUGGGCCACUUGCAAAUAACAAAAGAAAAAGUAGACGAUGUCAUACUGCCACCUUGGGCCACCACACCCGAGGAGUUUAUUGCCAUCCACCGACGUGCUUUAGAAUCAGAGUAUGUGAGCCAAAAUCUGCAUCAUUGGAUCGAUUUGAUUUUUGGCUACAAACAAAAGGGCCCCAAGGCUGUCGAAGCGCUCAACGUUUUUUACUACUGUUCAUAUGAAGGUGCCGUAGAUCUCGAUAAAAUUACCAAUCCCGUCGAACGUGAAGCUGUUGAGGGUAUGAUCAACAACUUCGGACAAGUGCCAUCACAAUUGUUGCGUGAACCACAUCCGCGUCGUUUAACACAAGAGGAAACCGCUUUGAAAUUGGUGCGUGCCGAAUUGAAACGGCCAGAUCUUAUGCAAUUUCUCGAUAAGGUUGUGCAAUACUAUUGUGAGCUAUCAACGCCAAAAGAUCCAAUUGUCUUCCUAAGCGCUCCCCGAAGUCCCCCGCGUUCAUUUCUACAGCUCAGUCCAGAUGUGCUCGUCAGCAUUUCCAAAUCGUGUAUACUCGGUGCGAAUUCGUGGAUGUCAUACGAUAAGGAGCGGGGAUUUUUGCUGGAAAUUGAUGCGACUACCACCAACUUGAAAAACCGUAAACGCAUAUUUGGUCCUUUCCAUCCCUCGCAAAAUCCGCACUCACAAUUAUUUGCGGUAAGCACAGAUGGCAAAUUGUUAUAUGUGGGUGGUAUUUGGGAUAACUCACUGCGUGUAUAUAAUUUGCACAAGGGCAAAACGGUGGCAUCUGUGACGCGUCACUUAGACAUAAUUACCUGUCUGGCGCUAGAUAACUGUGGCUCCUAUUUAGUGACCGGUUCACGUGAUUGCACCUGCAUCGUUUGGAGCAUACAAAGUCAACAGUACGGCAGCACGCAGACCAGCACAAACAUUCCAAUGCAUGCGCUUACAGGCCAGGCGCAUUUGCAGACUGUCACGCAGUUAAAUACGCAAAAUGCUUUCUCACCUAAACCAUUGACCACCCUCUAUGGGCAUGAUGAUGCUAUAUCGAGUGUUGCCAUUUACACCGAAUUGGAUAUGGUCAUUUCAGGAUCGCUGGACGGCACUGUCAAUGUAUAUACCAUACAGGAUGGUCAAUUUGUGCGCACACUUAGGCCAAUUGGUUGUACUGAGACCUGCGUGCAAAUUUCGUUCGUUACAGUUUCAUAUCAUGGUCACAUUGCAUUCAGUGCAUUGGACGAUACCUCGCAUUCGGUGCAUGUCUACAGCAUCAACGGCACAAGUCUUGGUUCCAAAUACGUAUCCGGGCGUGUAACUGGCUUGGAUACAGCUACCGAUUAUUUGGUGGUGGCGGACGAUGCUGGUGAUAUCACCAUGAGUCGUUUGCAUGGGCUAAAACCAGUGUUUGACAUUCCACUCCAUAUUCCAGUACAAACGGUUGUGGUAACACCUGGAAACACACACAUACUUGCACCUCUGCGAGACGGGCGAUUGGCGGUGAUUGCCGUGCAAGUGCCCUCUGGCAACAAUAAAAAGCAUUCCGUACUCAACGUUUAGUCAAAUUCAGAAACUUGAAGUAAAAAAAUUUAGUUAACAAAAGAAAAGAGUUGACUGAAAUUUAGACUAGGCAGCCACAAAUUCUGAUAUGUGUCAACAAAAAAAUUGAGAGCUAAGAGAUAGAAAAGCAACAAAAAAUGUAUAUGUAAGAGAAACUAAAAUGUUACGGUCCAUAUUUACACAUUCACACAUUUAAGCUCUGGUAAGCUGGAUAUUUUUUGUUUUUAUUCAAAAAGCUUCUCCUUGCACACAUCCAUAUGUUUAUACUCAGCGCUGCAGAAACUAAUUCAUAAAACCAAAAAAAAUUAUUUACUGCUUAUUCAAUAGAAUACAGCGUCAGCAAACCAACAAAAUAUAAAAUUCAUAGCAAAACAGUCAUAAAAAUUAGCAACAAAAAAAUACAGUAGGUAUCAAAUAAGUGUCAGACCAGUAUCAGAGGCAUUCAAUAAUCAAAAGGGUAGAAAUUCACAUUAAACGCAUUCACACACACAUAUGUACAUACAUAGAGUAACUUCGGGUAUUGUGAUGUAGGUAAUCCUUUUUCUGCAUUACUCCAUAAUUUCAAACUUUUAUUGACUUACGAGUAUUAUUGCUUAAUUCAGUGUAUUGAUGUAUUGUGUAGCUAAUUUUGAUUUUGGCGUAUUCCAUUUCCAGCCAACCGGCAGAUUUUCCACCGAAAUCAAAAAUAGUCGAAAAGGGAGGUUUGUAAAAUUUGGCGGAUAAUGUGAUAUGGUCUAUUCGGGUAAAGUGAUAUAUACAAGGUGGCGCAAAAGUAACCUUGCGAUGUUUUUUGGCUGUAAUUAAAAAAAAAAAAUGAAAAACUUUGAUUCUUCUUGUGGAUUAUUUUUAUUUGGGCUUUUAAUUUUUUUUUAUUGUACAUCAAGUCGAGAAUAUGAUGUCAUGUAAAUGGCCGCCGCCACAGUUGAUUGCCAUUUGAACCCUUUUUAUGGCAUUUUCCAUCACUUUGGCCAAAACUUCCGGCGUUAGGUCCUCACAUUCUUGACGGAUAUUGUCUUUAAGAGCUGCAAGAGUCUGAGGCUUGUUGACAUAAACCCCCGACUUUAAAAAACCUCACAAAAAGAAGUCUGGAGCGGUCAAAUCAGGCGAUCUUGCUGGCCAGUGCAAAUCGCCAAAACGUGAGAUUAGGCGCCCGGGAAAUGUAUCCGUCAGCAUAUCGGUUGUGGCACGUGCAGUGUGUGCCGUUGCACAGUCCUGUUGAAACCACAUAUUUUCCAAUCCCAAUUCAUCAAGUUGCGGCAAAAAGAACUCCUUGAUCAUUGCUCUGUAACGCUCACCAUUCACAGUAACCGUUUGGAACGCAACGUCUUCGAAGAAAAAAGGUCCGAUGACUCCCCCAGCGAAAACAGCACACCAUACAGUGACUUUGAGCGGAUGUAAUGGCUUUUCGUGGGUUACACGCGUAUUUUCAGUGCCCCAGAAGCGUAAAUUUUGCUUAUUUACGUACCCGCUAAGAUGGAAAUGGGCCCCAUCACUCAUGAUUAUUUUUGAUGAAAAAUCAUCUUCCUCUUGGUGGUGAUUAAGGAUGGCUUGAGCGUAUGUUAGACGCGAUUGGCGGUCAGCAGCUAACAGCUGAUGCACCGUCUGGACUUUGUACGGAAACAUCUUCAAAUCUUGUACCAAAAUUCGUUGUAAAGACCGUCAACUGAUACCCAUUUGUGUGGCACUUCGUCUGGUCGAUGUCGACGGCGCUUCCGUGACAUCCUCGGCUACAGCAGCAAUAUUCUCUGCAGAACGGUUACUCCGGCUCCACCAGUCUCUUCGAGGCGAGCGGCUAAACGUCGCAGUGUUUCACCAGUAGGCGUUGGGCGGCGAGGAAAUCUGCGACGAAAUUCACGUUGUGCCAAAGUCACCGACCGAUUAUUGGUCAAAUAAAUAGUCAGCAAUAUUACGCGUUCUGGAGCAGUGUAGCGUAACAUUGUUUAUUAACGUUUAUUUCGCAUGUGUUUACUACACAAAUGUCAAAACAGAACUGACAUUAGGGGCCAAUCGCAUAAUUUAUAGCAUUUUCUGAUUACUUUAGCGCCACCUGUUAUAAUCCGUCUGCUUUGGUUCACUCAAGCCAAGCAAAGAUUGAAAAAGUAGCUACAAAGUACUGUUAUUUGAAAAUUUCAGUUGGUAAAUCGUCGUUGCUAUUACAUACAUACAUACAUAUGUACAUCGGUCAGAGAACGUUAAUUCAUAGAGAAGGCUCAUCUAUGGCUUGGCCUUGGAAAAGUUAACAUAAGAGAGUUAACAUAGCGGAACGUAGUCAACAGAAUUAAAUAAAGCGUUUGCAUUGAAAUGUAAAAUGCAUUGUUUUCUUGCGAAAAACUAAAAUUUGGAAAUUUUGAGUUGUUACGCUUUAACGUAACAAGUGCGAUAUGUCCAGCAUGUGAACGCACCCCGCACGACACUAACCUCCUUUUCACAUGCCCUAUUAUACCCACUCAUCUAACACCCCUCUCCCCCUGGACCCAACCCGUCGAAACAAACUAGCCUGGGCCUACCAGUAGAUGAGCUAGACGAAGACGACCGGUGAUUACGCUACACUGACAGGGCAAAGGUACUGCUACAACAAAACAACAACUUCGAUUUUCCAUUACUUCCUUGAGCCGAUCAAGCAAACAAAAAUCGCAGGGAGCCACAUCAGGUGAAUACAAUGAUUGUUGAAUGGUAUUCGUUUCGUUCUUUGCCAAAAAUUCACGGAUAAUCAUGUCACUGUGCGACAGUGUAAAAUCCACUAGUUGUUUUUAUAAUUACAAAUCCUUUAUUUUUGGCGAAUGUCUCAUAAUACCCAAAUAAAAGUCCUUAUAUUAUUAACUAUCUGAACUUCUGGCGAAAAUUCGUGGGUACAAUACCGUUAUAAUCCAUAAAACCCUUGAGAAACGACUUGUUUUUUAUCGUGGUUCAUUCAGAGCCCUUCACACGCCUGAUGCCUGGAUUGCGUGUAGUGCCCAUAAACCCACGUCUUGGCUCCAAUAAUGACGCUUUUAAUGAAUGUUGGGUCGGAUUCAGCCUUGGAGGUCAAGUCUUUGAUGAUAUCAAUACGACCCCGUUUUUGCAUGCAAUUCCGGUCCUUUGGAACCAACUUUGCAGCAAGGAGACACAAACCCAAAUCAUUAACUACAAUGUCCUGCACGGAUCCAUAAGCAAUGUUGAAGUCCUCUUCCACUUUAUUGAUGUUUUCAUCAAUUUUCGAUAUCGACGUCCUGCCACUACUUUCGCCAUCCUCGAUAAGCUCGCGAUCUGUUCUGCAGGCUUCAUGCCACUCGGCUCGAUAAACGAUUGUAUCAUAACGAGGGCAUCAUUAGCGAAACAGCUUCCCUACAUUUCUAAGAUUUUCGCACGUUUGAAUCCAUUUUUAACGCAAUAUACAAUACUUCUUGUAAGUCAAAUUCAUUUUUAGAACUGUAUAAAAUAGAAAGCACGUGCAGAGGUUGAUUUACUUAAGACGGAUAUGGUGACUUAACAAAAAAACAAAAACUUAAAUCAGUUGACUUAGAGCGUCACCCGGCGGUUGUUCCGGGAACUUUUUGAUCAAGGGGGUAUGUUUGGGAACUCAAACGAGGUCUUGCCGCCGUUAGCAUGUAAGUUUGAUAAAUAAGGCUCACAAGUAAGACCACAUAUUCACGUUUUUAUGGUCGUACUUGCGGGCCUAAGGAGGGCGAUGUCGAUAGCGAAUAAUGAAAUAUUAUCUGGUGUCGUUUGAAAGCGAUUAUGGUUGUUGAUGAAUAUGCAAUGUGUUGUCGUUUCUGUUGUCGAGGUUGAUGGAACCGUUUAUAUAUAAUACGUUAAGGGGGGAAGCUGGUCUAGAGCGCGAAAAAUGGGCAUAUUUUAUGAAUUUAGUUUGACUCAACAAAGGAAUCAAUCGAAAAUCUGUGAAAUAGGUUUAAUAAUAUAGCUUUCAUGGUACAAAUACAAAAUUUUUCGUGUGAAUUAAUUUCAAAAUGGCCGCUGUCCAGCAGUUCUCCUAAGGCGCUUUUUUUUCUAGUGGGUCCAUUGCCGAAGACGUAAACUCCUUAAUUUUUGUCCUGGAUCAAAAAAAAAAUUUUUUUUAGUUUCUAUAUAACAACAGAAAGAGACGUACGUAGGAUUUUUUCGAUAUUUUGUUCUUUCGCGAAAUGGUGCACGUUUGAACAAAAAGUUACAAUUUUCACUAUAAAGAACGACAUAAAAUUGUUGAUUAAAAAAAAAACUAUGUAAUAUAAAUAAAAAUCCUACGUACGUCUCCGGAGAAAGGUAUUUCGAAUGUAUUGUCAAAAUUUCGUAAGAAUCGGUAAAGAUUUGUUCGAGUUAUGUCUUCGGCCAGUUUAAAAAAAGUGAUUUCGAGAAAAACGCGUUUAAAGUUGUAAGUAGCGUUCGGGGCAUACCUGCGAGGCACUGCCGUCGAAUGAAAAAUUUGGGCAUUUAGACAUUUUUGCUGGCAUCCCUCAUUUGGGAUAUUAUUUCUAAGACCCUAAAGCACCUUUUAAGACAAAAAAAAAAAAUUUUCGAUUUUUUCAAAAUUCUAGACCAGCUUCCCCCCUUAAGUGGUGUUAAUGCCUGGAUUACUGGUAUUUUAGUUGCCCGAGCAAGUAUUGCACUUUGGGUGUUAUGGUUCCGUGAAAGGCCAGUUGCCACUUAAAACCCCCGUGAUCAUUUCGUCUUCCUCCGGUUAAUAUUCUGCUGUCAUCUUCCUUCUAUUCAAGACUCUUUAUCACCAAUAAGUUUUGAGUUCAUUAAUUGCUCGAUCUGCUCACCUAUCAUUGAUUGUAUUGGUUUUUUUGGUUCGUUUUUCAUAAUUUUCUGUGAUCGCAUGCGGCUUUUUCGCACAGUAAUUGUUUUUAUUUUCUUUCUUUUUUUUGUCAUCUUUGCUUUCCAUUUUGAAAUACAACAACAAACAUAUGUAUGUAUGUACGUAAAAACAUAUCACAUUUUAAAAAGUACGAAAAAAAGCUCUACGAUAUUCAAUUUUGCGCGGGCAACUGUUUAUGCUUCAGUUCGGCAAGAGCAUCCAGAUAAGGUCUUCAAUAUAUUGUGCACCCAAAUUCAAUUAAUAAUGUUACCUAUUACUUACUCAGCUACUAGAAAUCACUUUUUUUAUUUUUUUUUUAAUUUGGAUUCGGUCCGCUUUGAAAAUGAUUUAUACAUCAGUUUGCAUGUCUGUGUUACACUUUGGCUCAUUUCCACUCUCACUGGAACAAAAGAGUGAAAGUAGACGAUAACAAAACUUCUCUCGCCCGAUGAUACGCAAAAACUACCUACUAUGCGAUUUUAAUUUACAUACAAUAAAAUCAAAGAUCCUGCAAACAAAGGUUUAAUUGAAGAUGCCCCACUCUCCAUUUAAGUAUUGCUAAAGUCAAUUUGGCAAAGCAGAGAAAAAUUGUGAAUGUCAUGAAAAGAAAACUAGAAAUAUGUAUUAUAAGCAUUAGCCGCAUAAAUAGAUAUUAUAAUAUGAUACAUUCAUGGUAAGGUAAAUGCAUCGUACGAGCAUACCAUAUAAUAAAUAGUUAUAUAGUGACAUAACAAAACAUACAAAAGCGUACCAUAUUGUGCGAUUGUAUUGUGAGGUAUUAUAUUACUUAAUGUAGGUAUUGUAUUGUAUCGAUGGUAUUCAAACUCUUACAUUGCGAUGUUGCAACAAACAAUACGCAUAUAUUAUAUAUUAUUUGUAGUAAUGUAAUGUAAUUGAUCGUUUAAUGAAAUUCUAAAUAUUAAAAUGGGCGUACAAGUCAUACACGAAAGCGAAAAUAUAUAAAUAAAUGGGCAUAUUGAUGUACAUACAUAAUCCAAAUAUGAUAUAUAUAUGUAAAAUGGGUGAGUCUGUACAAGCAUUAUUUGAAACAAAUUUCGAAUGUUUCAUAUACUUGUGUGUGUUUGUAUAUAAAGGGUCUUUCAAAAGAGAUGCCUAGAUGUCAGUAGUGAAUAAUUCCUAGACGGUAUUUUUUUAUGUCAUCUUUGACAUUUGUCAAGUAGACAGAUGCACAAUUUUACACGAUAGAAUGCGUUAAAGUUAUUGAAAUUUUUUCUUUCAGAAGAUCAUAUCGCAGAAUUCUUAUUUUUUUGGUGGCAAUAGUUGUCCGAAAGGCUCGACAGCUCGAAGGUUGGUGAAAAAACUUCAAGGAACUUGUUCUGUCAUGAAUAGAAAAAUUACUGAGGGACCAAAAACUGGACUUUCUGUUGAGAGAAUUGCUGCUGUGGUCCAAAGUGUUGCUGAACAACCUUUAAAAUCGAUGACAAUCGACUGUUUAGCGCAUUUUACAUAAGGAUUUGUAUUUGCACUCUUAUGGUGCUCAUACUCACCAACGUAAACGUGCGGCCGUACGCCCGUAUCAGCUGACACGAUGAAACAACGAUCUACGAUACUACGGUACGGAACGGUGGUGAGAAUUCAUUUACAUGGGGCUCUCAUUAGUUUAAUGGUGUCAGCUGAUAUGGGCGUACGUUCACGUUGGUGAGUGUGAGAAUCUUUGGAAAAUUCAAUGCAGAAAUUUAAUGAACUGGUUCUUUGAACAUGAUGGUGGUUUUUCACGCAAAGUCAUCUUUAGUAAUAAAACUCGUUUUAUACUUGAUGGAUUUGUUAACAAACGAAAACGCCUCAUCUGGCGAAAAGAAAAUCCUCGAAUAAUUAAAAAAAAAUUAUUCUUCUUCUUAAUUGGCACGAUAACCGCUUAUGCGAUUUUGGCCGAGUUUAACAAAGUGCGCCAGUCAUAUCUUUCUCGUGCUAACCGGCGCCAGUUGGACACAUCAAGUGAAGCCAAGUCCUUAUCCACCUGAUCUUUCCAAUGCAGAGGAGGUCUUCCUCUUCCUCCACCAGCUGGUACCACAUCGUAUACUUGCAGAGCCGGAGCGUGUGUAUCCAUUCGGACAACUAACCCAGCCAACGUACCCGGUGCAUCUUAUACGCUGCGUUAUGUCUAUGGCAUCGAAAAGCUCGUACAGCUCAUCGUUCCAUCGCCUGCGAUAUUCGCCGUCGCCAACGUGCAACGGUCAAAAAUCUUGCGCAGAAUCUUUUUCUCAAACACUCCAAGUGACCCUGUAGAGUGUUAGUUUGGUCGUCGAGGAUGACUUUACUACUCAAUUGCCUACUUAGUCCAAAGUAGCACUUGUUGGCAAGAGAGAUUAUUACAUCCACUAAAAUGUACUGAUUGGUGUUCUUUUGUACUGGUCGAAAAACGUGCCAAUUGUUUUUCGUAGAGGAUAAAAAUAAAUGAGCUCUUACUGUCAAUGGAAAUUGCUACAGACAACUAACUGAAGUUUUUCUUGGCCUGAGCUUGAAAGAAUAGACAUGGCCGAUCUUUAUUUUCAACAUAAUGCAGCAACAAGUCACACAACACCGGAAAGCAUUGCAUUAUUGCGAUCUAAGUUUCCAGGUCGAAUAAAUUCACAUAAAGAUAACAUAAACUGGUCACGUAGAGCACGCGAGCUAACUCCACUAGACUACUUUUUGUGGGGAUUUUUCUGAAAGUAAAGUUUAUGUGAAUAAGCAAAUAAUGAUUCCAGAACUGAAACACCACAUUUGAAUCGAGAUUUCUGAACUCAGUGCGAUGUGUGAUCGAGUUGUUAAAAAUUUUCAUUCUCGUAUUAUAGUUUAUUUUAAAGCAGCGUCUAGGCGCGUCUUUUGAAAGACCCUUUAUAUGUAUAUGUAUAUGCAAACGGGAAUUUCCAUCACGUCAAGCGCAACCACCGUGCCCAUUUAAACUGAAAAAAACUGAAUGUAGCGGGUUCUUUUUAUAUUAAUAAUCGCCUAUAAUUCAUGCUAAAGCUGAUUUUGGAAAAUUUUUCGUUUUCCAGAUAAUUGCAAAAACCCAAGGCAUUUACACAGGACAAAAACAGAAGUGGUUUUCGCGGUCAGCAAUUGAUACGUCGAUAUCAGAGAUCGGGACUAAUUUUAGAACUACCAUUCCUCCACUAAAACGAUCCCUCCUCUCCUUCUGGGGCGACACCCUUCCCGGAACUGCUUUCUAUAUUACUUCGGGAGGGCCCAGAACAGCAUCCAUAAAGGUCCAAUUCUAUUCACCCACGUCUGGGUCCACCAAAUUUGUAGCCAGCUUUCAUGCUAUAGGCUCGUCUUCUUGUGUCUCUAUCGGUGCGGCUUCACUUUGUUGCACUGUGUCGAGGUCAAUCUUUUUUUUCGUAGUACGUUCUCGAUGUAUUUAUUUACCGCGUUCCAGCUGUCCUCGCGUUCGAACAUUUUGCUAAUUAUGUUGCCCGGUGCGAUGUCGCCAAUCUGCUCCCUCAGAGCAUUUCUUUCCGCGAGCCAUCUAUUACAACUAAAAAAAUGUGUGUUCAGCGUCAUCGCUCGGUGCUUCGCAGUAUAUGCACUUGGAAUCGGUUACCUUGCCCAUGCAGUAUAGAUUUCUCCGGAAGUAUCCGUGGCCCAAGAGGAACUGAGUUAAGAAGUAGUUCACUUCCCCGAAGUUCCUUUGGGCCCAUUUGUCAAUUAAUGGAAUAGGUUUCGCCGUUUAUCUGCCGCUCGCCAUAAUUAGCUUCCUUUUGCUAG